UGAGAACGUUUGAAAAGUUAGAUAGGAAAAGGGCUAACUAGCUUUAUUAACUAUCUAAAUGUACACGUAUAUACAUGCAAGGUAUCUUAGAUUGCUAGCUACCUUCCAACUUUUUCCCCCAUAAAAUCAACUUUUACACGCAUUGAUUUUUUUGCAUUCGAGUCAUCAUUGCUAACGGUAACGCUUGCUAACUAACAGGUAGCAAUGCUGUCAAGAGGUAUUUCCUGUUUUUGUAUCUUCUCUAAUAUCUUAUCGUGCCCCCCAAAAAAUUCAGCUGUCAAAGAUAAUGGAGGCCACGACUAAGUUUCUAGCCUUAACUAUAUUUUAUCUGCACAAUCUGGCAUCCCUUUAAAUGAGAGGUUGUGCUCUUUUCCUCAUUUAUGGCAGGAAUUCUUGGGAGUUUUUUUUUCCAGAGUUGGGCUCAACAGAGGAAGAUGAUCUUAGCAAAUAGUCGCUAAAGCUUGGAGUUUUGUGGCAGAACUAAUGAUACAAAACAACCUACAAUUAUGCCUGCUCCAAAAAGAGAUAGUCAACACAGGACCCGUGCAAGAGGCAUAGCAAGGCCAAGGGAUGGUUCCCUGGAUCACAGAGGGAGGAAAAAUGACUCUAUCCCAGCAGCAAAUGUGGCCUCUGUUCUCUCACUACCACCACUGAAGUCUCAGGAGCACCAUGCCUCCUCACCAGCCUUCAUGUAUGAGCCCCAGCCAGGUCGAGCCCUUAGCACUGGAAACCUCUCCCCUGCUCCCACUCCUCUGUCCAUGGUGGAGCUCCCUCACCUCGUGGCAGAGGUGGGUCCUGAGCUGGCCAUGAGGGAGUCACUGUGGAUGGAGGGACCUUGUCUGAUCGCUUCAGCGUUGGGGACUGAUAUCCCUGUCAAAGCUACUCAGGUGUCAUUUGAGGAAUCUGCUCUGGACAGCUUUACAGAUCAUGGAGACGUGUCCCAGGUAAAGAUUGCUGAUCAAGACAAGGAGACAGAAGACAGAAAAGAUGCCAAGCACAGAGAGCCUCUGACUGGCACAGAGGUGGUGGAAAUCUUUGCAAAGAAAAGACAUCUGGGAAAGCUUCAGUUUUUCCACUUGCAAGCUGUGAACAAUGGCCCAUUCAGACCGUAUGACCUUCGUGUGGUCCCCCCCAAUAGAGCAGGCACUGAGCACUUCAUCUUCUCCCCCUCCUCUGUGCUGCAUGUGCAGGAUGGAUGCAGUGCUGGGCUCCUUUCUCUGGCAGAGUGGCAUCGGGAGGCCAUGCUGUGGAGAGCCUUGCAGGAUAUCCCAUUUUUCAGGGACUAUUUACUUCGUAAGGCAUUCAUCAGGUGGCAUAGAAGCGUGUGUAAGAUCACUCUGCAGAGGAAGGGUGAAGUACUGCAUGGCCUGCUACUCAUGGCUGUACCCCAGUUCAGAGACGCUCUCUUUCAAUUCUCCAGACUGAUUGAAGAACUGAAAGGGGUUCAUUGGUUGCCACAGGAUGAAUGCAAGACCUACACCCUUCUGGACUUCCAGAAUGCCCUCAUGAAAAAUAACCAGGAGUGCCGCAGGCUUCUUGAGAUAUUCUUGCAGUAUCGUGCUCUCAUCCUCAACAUGGUCCAGGAGGACAGCUAUGGGGCUCACCAGGAGCUGCAGUUGCGUGUUGAACGCUCCCAGCUUAGCCAGCGCAGCCAGCCCCUGUACCUCCAGCUGGGUCAUCUGAGGGACCUGAGGAAGGAGCUGGGCCGAGCAGAGUACGUCCUGCAGCAGCUGGGAAAUAUGGCCGCCCUGGCCGAUCAUAUGAUUGUGCAGGGUAUCGUCACAAUCGCCCAUCGAGAGGUCACUUCUUUCCUCAACAACGUCAUGAAGAGAGUGCAGCCACAGCAGGGGAGUCUGUUCCAAGCAGAGCUGAUAUUCGGAGCAGAUGGUCAGCCAACUCUGUUCCCACCCAUGCACUUGUUCCAGGAGGUGCUGCGAGGGGCACUGCUGUCAGUCGCAAACUCUGCCCUUCAGGUAUUUGACACUUGUAGUUACUGUCUUGAUGCCAAGGAGAGUGUGUCUGCCAGCACCUCCCUCACCAGUGCUGCUCAGGAGCUAAGCCCUGACCUGAGCCUGGCCUGUACCAGUGGAACUAAUUGUAUCACAGCUUUUGGGGAGAAGGACAGUGAGCCGACUGGUGUCAGCAGCUUCUCCUCCAAGCGGGAGCCUCAUUGUGUUCUAUCAGCUCCCAGGCUGGUGCUGCCCAAGCUGACCCCUCUGAUGGUCCAGGGCCAGAGGCUGAGAGGGCAGUACUACCCCCUGUCCAGUAAACAGCUGGAAUGGCAGCUCAGCCUCAAUGCUGGGGCUAAGGAGGUCCAGAGAGAGCAAGCCAGGAUCACACAGGAGGCUGGGCUUGAGAUCCAGCAGCUGUGUGAGGGACUCUCCUGGUUGGUUGACAUUCAUCUGUUUACCAGCCAAUGGAGUCCAGCUUCUCUGGAGACCUUGAGGGGCAUGCCUGCCUUACGCUACGAGGAGCACAUUCAGAAGGUGCGCUUCUGGACUGACAGGGUGCGCACAGUGCCCCCCUCUCUCACUACCUCCAACAAGCUGCUCAUCGUCACCUGCUCCCACAUCCAGGAGAAGAUAGGGCCUCUGUUGAACUCCAUAGAGGAGGAUGUGUUGACUCUGUUGAAUGAGGAGCUGAAGCUGCGCUCAGAGAACUUGAUAUUAGAACUGAAGAGAGCUGUGGAAGGUCUUAGGGUCGAACCCACAGAUUUCAACGACUUCACCCACUAUGCCAGCAUGGUGAAACGCUGUGCGAAAUUGUCUGAUGACAUGCAACAUCAACUAGAGUACCUACACUCUCUCCAGGAAACCGUUCGAACCAACUACAGACAGAUGACACCAGAUGAGCUGUUAUUGGAGGAACAGAUGCUGGACCUGUGGGACAUUUUUGUUCCUCUCUUGAAGCAGGGAGCAGAUACAGUGUGCCAGCGUCUUCCCUCCAUGGCUGACACCCUGGACAACACCUUCUCCUCCCUGGCCCACGACCUGGACGAGAUGGUGACCAAAGCCACCUCUGGACCAUAUCUGGACCCCACUCAGAAUGCUGCUCAGAUGCUCAACAAGCUCAAGAUCAUGUGCAGACAGGUGUAUGCUGUCUCUGCUCGCCUGACAGAGCUCAGCAGGACAAGUAAAAGUCUCAGAGGAAACCCUCUGGAUUUGACUUUUGUAACCACAGCCAAGCAGAAGAUGGAAGCUCGCAAAGGACUGUGGGAGCUGAUGACUGUAUCCACCUCCCAGAUCCAAGAGUGGAGGCUGCUGCUCUUCAGCAAGUUUGUUGUGUCGAGAGCCCAAGAGAAGGUGGAUGAGUGGCUGCAGCAGGCGGUAUCCCUGGCCAGGACCAUCCCUUCCCGAGAUGCUGUGCUGCAGGAGACCCUGGGGAUCCUUGAGCGUUUCAACCAGCAGCUCCCUGUGCUGGCCAAACUCAGCAGCCCCACACUCAAACACAAACACUGGAGGAACAUCUUCAAAGGUAUGGGGUUACUUUAUGCACCAGAGUGGAACCUCACUGUAGCUGACCUGAUGUCCAAGAAGCUGAGAGAGCACCAGAAUAAAAUCAGCAAGAUUUGCCAGGAGGCUAAGGCAGAGGCGGACAUGGAGCAGACCUUCAGGAAGCUUCAGAGACGCUGGGAGGGGGCACUGUUCCGACUGGCCAAGUUCAUUGUUACUGUUUGGCAGGAAGAUAAACCACAGCUUGGUGCCACACGGAGAAAGAAGCCCACUAAUGGCCUGGUCUCAAACUACCAAACACCCAAACAGCACUCUCGUGACAGUGGCACCUUCACCAUCAUUGGUCUGGAGACACUCCUGGCUCAGACACAGGACAGUGUAAUGACUCUGUCCAACAUGCUGCUCUCUCCUCACGUUGCUGAGUUCAGGCUGGAGGUGGAACACUGGGUGCAGCUGUUGCAAGAACUGGAGGAACUGCUUGAUUUCUUUGAAAGGUACCAGCAGAAGUGGGUCUUCCUUAGCAAAAUGUUCUACGAGACAACAGUCAGUAUUCAGAAGGCAGAACUGUUGAACAGGUUCCUUCCUGUGGAUAAGACUUUCAAGGAGAUUAUCCAAACUACACUAAGGGACCCCCACGUGCUGAACAUAGUGCGGCUCAGGAAGACAACAGAGUUGACUUGCUGCUUCCAUGGACACAGCCUCCGUGUUCUCCUCAUAGAGGGUCUGUCCACCAUGGAGGGUAUCUCUAACCAGCUGCUGUACCUCCUGGGCUCUCCCCGCAGGGAGUUCCCUCGCCUCUGCUUCCUGAGCGAUGGGGAGGUGAUCAAACUCCUCUCUCUGCACCCCACGCCCUCCGCUCUGCUCCCUCUGGUGCGUAAGUGUUUCAGAGGGGUGCGCUGGCUGGAGGUGGACAGCAAAACUGACAUGCCCUCUGAUGUGACAGAUCUGAGCAGUGGCUUGGAUCUCUCUGACACCCAGAUGUGUGUACGAGGGGUGUAUGGUAGUGUCAGGGAGCACGUGCCCUUCCUCUGCCCCCUGGAGCCAAACCUCAACCCCCUGGUGUGGCUAUGUCUCCUGGAGCUGCAGCUUCAACAGGCCAUGAAGCAGCUCAUGAAGCAGUGUGCUGUGGCACGACAACAGUUCGAGCUGUUGGAACCGGACCCGGAAUGGGAGAAGAAAGUUGGGGACUCCCUGUCACAUGACCCGUUUUGCUACACCAGCCCAUCAAGCUCCCUCAGAAAGGAAGAGGGUAAAGAAGCAAAAGGAGUGAACGAUUUGCCUUCUAUGUUGAGUAUACUCUCUGACUACCCACUGCAAUGCCUGUUAGUGACUGAAGAGGCUUUAUGGUGCAGUGAAGUUCGGACGGCUUACAAGGCCUCAGCUCCGGUCAAGUGGCCCCGCAUCAAGGCACAAAAUGCUUCCAAACUCCAGAGCUUGUGCCAAGCCAUACAAGACGGCAUCACGGGUGAUAUUGACAAAUCAAUGACCACACAGCGCAUGGUGACAGUGCUGCAUGCUCUGGUGUUACUCACCAUGAACCACUCGCAACAGUUAUCUAGGCUCAUGGAGGUAAAGUGUGACCUCGAGUCGUCUUUUGAGUGGCAGAGUUUGAUGAAGUACCAUCUGAUUACAGACACUCAGAAUGAGUCAACAACACAAGAGGGACACCACGAUUUGUGCUAUGUUGAAAUCUUGGGCACCCAGCUGCCCUAUGGUUACGAAUACCUUGGUCCAGAGCACUGGAUAUUAGUAAACACCCCCUCCACAGAUAGAGCAAUACUGGGUAUCCUCUUGGCUCUGACCAGCUACAGGUGUGGCUUUGUAAGUGGACCUUGCAUGUCUGGAAAGAGGAAGACUGUGGUUCAGUUAGGAAGAGCACUGGGACGUCAGGUCAUCUCCUUACAGUGUUGUGUCAAUACGAGUCCCUCUGUCGUCCAGCAGAUGCUGUUUGGUGCCCUUCAGACCGGGGCCUGGCUGGUCCUGGACUGUGUAGACCUGAUGACCCAGGGAGUGCUUUCCCAACUAGGGCAGCAUCUUUCAGACAUUCACCAAUCCAUGUCCAUCCUGCAGAGAAAUACUCAGCAGAAAGGCUUUGAGACCCAUACCAAGCCUUUAUCCAGUUUCUCCAACCCAAACGGAGAUAGUACAGUUUCACCAAGAGACAGCCAUGGCGACAUUUGGAAAGAGUGCAGGAAGUUUAAUGAGCUUGAGUGCCAGAUGUCUUUUUCUGGGGAAAACAUAUUUGCCAAACUGAGCUAUGGCUGUGUAAUCAUUUCAUCACGAGGAUACACAACCGAUGUCCCAGAGAAUCUGCGAGUGGCGACCAGGCCAAUUUCGUUGGCCCACCCUGACUACAGGAUCAUCACAGAGGUCAUGCUAGUCUCCCUGGGCUUCUCAGAUGCUGUGUCUAUAAGUCGACGGCUGAUCUCCCUUUUUAGCCUGGCCAAAGACUCCCUCUGUCUCCCUGAUUCUGUCAGUGGUGAGCAGACAUCCUGGAUGGUUCUUCUCAGAAACGUCAUUGCUGCCUCUGGGACACAUCUCCGCAGCAACAGCCGGCUGGAUGUGUAUAUGGAGAAAGUGUUGAGGGAGGAACCUGACUCUCCUAGGCUUCCUCUGGAUGGGAUCCUCAACCCCGCUGAGACAGAUGGAGGAGACAAAUGUCCCCAGUCUACCCACUACAAGGGUGCCAACCAGUCUGCUGCCCUCAUGCAAGCUGUGUUGGAGGAGCAGGCUGUUGUCAACAGUGUUUUGUCAAUCCUACUAUCGGCUAUCUUUGAGCAGAAGAAAGCCUCACAGUUCCGCACCAUAUUUGAAGAGAUCUUUCCAGUGGCGCGCUCCCACCCUAUUCUCCAACAGUACAUUGAGGAGGAAGGGGAACAGAACAUCCUGAAGACAGCAGUUACAGAGGAGCUGCAACAAACAGGGUUCCAUGCUGAUACAAAAGUGCUGCGCAAUGCACUCACCCUCUAUCAGGCUAUGAAGCUCUCCAGAGCAGUUCUUCUGGUUGGCCCUGCUGGGAGUGGAAAGACAACCUGCUACCGUGCCCUGGCCGGAGCACUGCGUAGACUGGCAGCUAGGGCAGAGGAGGCCGAAUUUGAUGAGGAUCUCACCUGUGAAGGAGAUGGUAUGGAAACUGAUUACCAGUCCUCUACUUCAAACUGGAGCUCUGUUGACACCGUGGUCUUAUUCCCCAAUGCUUUGUCCCACGAGGAGCUCUUUGGGGGCUGCUAUGAACAGCAGGGGUCCUGGUGGGAUGGUGCUUUCACAAAAGUACUGAGAGGCUCAGAGCAGCAUGACUUGUCAGCCACCACCACCUCUAAAAAGAAGAAGACGAGGAAGGGGAAGUGGCUGGUGAUGGAUGGAGAGCCGUUGGGGCAGCCUGGUUGGUUGGACUCCUUCAGCACCCUCUGCAAUCCUGAGGAUCCCUUCCUGUGCCUCUCCUCAGGAGAGAAGGUUCGGCCAUCCCACAAGGAGCUGAAACUAUUGGCAGAGGUCACAGACCUGGGAGAUGCAGCCCCUUCUGCAGUGACCCGCUGCAACCUGGUGUAUCUCUCUGGGAAGGACCUGUGGAAGGCUGUGUGGAAGGUCGAAAUGGAUGCUCUUUACAGAGAGCACAGUCUGGAUCAGGGGACCCUGAAGAUGUGGAACCGUUUGGCUGAGGACCUUUUCUCCAGCACACUCACUUUCAUUAGGCACAAGGCCCUCACACCUGUCAUGCACAGCGAGGGAGAUGGAUCCAGUAAAUUCAGUAAAGGCAUCACUUAUGGACUGCAAGAAGUGAAUUCAUUCAUUAGGAUUCUACAUGCCCUCCUGGAGCAGUUUGGGAAAGGACGGGGGUUAAAAGCUACACCAAGGAUGACAGACAAAAGAGAAAUGAACCCAGUUGGAGCUCACCCGACAUGCCCAGAUGCCCUGAUCCCUUCAACUCAGCAAGAGAUUCAAGCCAGGAACCUCUUUCUAGUGGCUUAUAUCUGGGGCUUUGGCGGACACCUGCAUCCCAGACACUGGCCCCAGUUUGACCUGCUAGGUCGUGAGGCGCUAUUUGAGAGCCGGUACAGAGUGGAGGUUCCCUCUGAGGGGACGGUCUUUGAACACUUUUUUAACCUGAGUGAGGGGAUGAUGGGAGACACUAGCAACCCCAUCAACUGUUCCAGGAGCAAGAGCCCACAGAUGGUCUACACAACUGUCCCCCAGUAUGAGAAAUAUGCCUACCUGCUGGACCUGAUGUUGGAGGCCAAACAGCCAGCGAUGCUGGUGGGAGAGGCAGGCUCAGGGAAGACCAUGCUGUGUCAUUCUCUAUUAAGUCAGGACAGGGCACACAUCCGCCUGCCUGCCAGCCCACGCCUGAGAUCCACUGACCUGCGCAACGUGCUGGAGAGCAUGGGCUGCCAGAAGACCCGGCUAGGAACCAUGGGUACUAUGAUCAAACAGCCUGGACUGCUCCUGUUUGUGGAUGACCUCCAUGAAGCUCCCUGUGGUAAGUUAUUUGCAUCCCAAAUGGAAUCCUACUCCCUAUAUCGUGCCCUACCUUUGCUACUUUUUACCCGGGGCCCAUAUUUUUUUAGGAUUUUUGAAGAUUUGUUUUUGUGGAUAUUUUUCAUUAUCAAAGAUAAAUCUAAUGGUAACCCAAACUCUGCUCUUCUCUUUACUGUAGAUGCUUUUGGAAAGACGUCCAUGGCUCUGGAGACACUGCGGCAGUGCAUUUCUCGGGGCGGCGUUCUAACUUCAGAUGGUUAUCAUUUCAAGCUGUUUAGUUCCGGAGCGAUCAGCUACUUGGGUACCUGCCGCACAUCAGGAGUGGGCAACCAGUCAGAUUGCAAUCGGAUCUCCUCCCGCCUCUCCCGUCACUUCUCCAUCUUGGUGCUGCCCAGCUUGUCUGUAGAUGUUUUAUUCUCCAUCCACUCUCCACAGCUACAGAACUGGCUCAAAGAGUUCCCAUGCAUGCCCAGGUACAUGGAUAUGGCACGAUGUAUCAUCACUGCAACCUUAGACCUGUAUUAUGCCGUGUGUGAGCAGUUCCAACCCAACGUCCACAGGCCACACUUCCUCUUCUCCAUGCAUGACCUGCAGAAGGUGUUUCAUGGAAUAUGCUUAUGGGCACCGCGCAACUCUAACAGACAAUCACUCCAGAAGAAGAUUAGCCUCAGGGUUCUUCACUCUUCCUCUGCCCUUCCUUGCUUUGCUCCAGCCACACUGGGCCCUGCAGCCAACAUGCUCAACAUAGCUCGUCUGUGGAUGCAUGAGUGUCUGCGCACAUUUGGAGACCGGCUGUGCUCAGAGGAUGAGGGCCAAGCGCUGGUGUCACUGAUGGCCAAGGUGUCAGAGAGACACUACAGCAGCAGGAUGACAGUUAAACCCCAGACUGCAAGAGCAGAGGACACCCCAUGUGCUGCAUCAACUAGGCCUAGCACACAUAUACCCCCUCCUACACCAACAGACUACCAGAAGUCAAGCCAUCAGCGACCAUCCACUCCAAAGCAGCCUGCCAAGUCCCCAUUGCCUAUGAAGGCUGAAACACACACAGAACAGGAGGAGCAAGCAGAGUUUUCUGACAGGGUGAGCAGCUCAGACUCCAGCUCAUGGGGCAGUAGUGAGGAUGAUUUAUUUGGUGAUAUCUACCCCAAAAAACAAGAAAAUGACAAGAAAAAGCAUGUGAAGAAACCCCUCAAGAAAGAUGUCUCUCUUUUUCAACCGACACAGCUCAUAUCAAGCUCACAUCAAGCACUGGAUCCCUCUCCUCCAAAAGGACCUAAACCAGUCAAUCAGUCAGACUGGAAGAGGAGCCAUAAGCUGUGUGAACAGACCCCACAGACUGAGCCCAGCCCACCCAGGCCCCUUGUGCCUUUACAACUCCUGCAGGACAUGGAGACUACUAUUCAACAUGUUGUCUUUAGCGUAGAGCUAUUGGAGCCGCUCCCUUCCAUGUCUCAGCAGCACAAUUUUAAACGCAACUCUGCCUACCUGGAAAGAGACCUGGGGUUACUAGUUCAGCAGCUGGCUUUCACAGUCAAAAGCAAAGAGGAGGAGGAGGAAGAAGAGGAGUUUGAUGAUAACUACAGGAGCACCUCUAGUUACACUGUGCACAGGCAGAGGGUAUGUCAGCUGGUGCACGUCCUCAGGGCUCUGCUCAUACCUGGCGGGCAUGGGGCUCUGUUUGGGGCUGUGAGAGGCACAGGCCGAAAGACCACAGUGCGUUUAGCUGCCUAUCUCACUGGCUAUCAGUUGAUAGAGGUGCAUCCUGGGAAUGAGAGUCAGUUGCGUGAGAUGCUGCGGGAGGCAGGUGGCCAGGCAGGCGUGCACGGUGGCAAUGUGGUGAUACUUGUCCACGAGGAGACCAGUCAAGCUGCCAGAGAUGAACUGAUGGUGGUGAUGGCUGACGGGACCUUCCCAGGGCUCUACUCUGACGAGGAGCUGAAGAAUCUGGUGCUGAGAAUCAACGCUCUCAUCAAGAACUCACGCAAUCGCCUACGAGAUGACCAGGCCCUUGAGAAGUAUUUCAGACAGACCCAGAGGAAUGUGCAUGUGUUCCUGCUGCUGCCCUUCUCCCCAGACACCAGUGAGCUGCCUCCUGAGAACGCCUCAGUAACCCUGGCAGUGGCACACAUGACCAAGGCUCUCAGCCUCUGCUGCUGUGUGGAGGUAUACCAGCCUUGGUCCACCCAGUCCCUUGUUGAGGCAGCCUUUUGUCGCCUCAGAGAGAGCCUGCAGAUACCCGACACAGAAAGCAAAGUGGACAGAGAUGUCUUAGUGGGCAGUAUUUCUGAGGCCAUGGCAGGGAUCCACCAGUCUGCCUGUAAAUAUGCCUCCAUCCUCCACCCGGACCUCCAGCCUUUUAGCCCCCAGACAUUUUUGGAGCUGAUCGCUCACUUCUUCCACCUCUGCAGCCACCUCUGUGAACAGGGCCGGGGCCAGGCUAACAGAGUGUCAACAAUCUUGGCCCGUGUGAAAGACAUGACAGACACAGCUGAGCAGAACAGCCAGGAAGUUGUCAGACUGAAGAGGAAGAUUGCAGAAACAAAAAAGUGCUUGUACCCGCUGCAGCGUGUGACAGACACAGAGCGAACGCUGUGUGAGCGUGCCCGGCAGCACUGUCUACUGGAGGAGAACAGACUAUCUCACCUGGAGGAACAGACUCAUCAGGCCCAACAGCAGGCAGAGGACGCCUUCAAGGAGGUGAGUCCUCUGUACCAGACUGCACUUGAUGCUCUUCAGUCUCUGAGCACGUCAGACCUGGUUGAGGUGCGACGCUACAGAUUUCCCCCAGAUGGAGUGAUAAUCGUUAUGGAUGCCAUAUGCCUGUUAUUCAACCGCCCACGCAACUGGGAGAGCAGCAAACAGCUGCUGGGACAGUCCAACUUCUUCCAGGAGUUGGAGUUCUUUGACCGCUCCAUGUUGAGCGACGACCUGUUCCGUCAGUUGGGCCAGAUAGUGCCGCAACGAGCAUUCUUACCGGAGUCUGUGCGAGGUGUGAGCCGGGCGUGUGAGUCCCUGUGCCGCUGGGUGAGGGCAGUGUACCAGUAUGCUUGUGUCCAGCGCCACAUGGCCCCCCAGGAGGCCCGGAAGAAACAGCUGGAAGUGCGCAUGGCGGAGAGUCGUGCCCGACUGCGUGUGGCCAGGCUGCAGGAGGAGGAGGCCCGGGAGCAGCUGGAGGACAUGGAGAGACAGCAGCAGUUCCUCAGACUGGACCUGGAAGAGCUGACCACCCAGCUGCGUAAGGCUGAGACCCUGGAAAGAAAGGCUGCUGCUGCAGUACAGCAGGUCCAGUGUCACAUCACUGACUGGACUGCUGCCGCAAAGGGAAGUAACACUCAUACUAAUACAUACCAAUGGAUAUGUCCCAAAUGGAACCCUAUUCCCUAUAUAGUGCACUACUUGGGCCCUGGUCAAAAGUUAGAGACAGAAAUGAAUAACCAAACCAUAUCAGGGGACGCUCUGCUCCUGGCUGCCACAAUCACCUACCUGGGUCCAUUUUUGCCAGAUGUACGGAUGGUACUAUUGGGGAAGUGGAGAGAGCUGUGUCUGUCUGGACACAUUAACAUCAACCCUGAGGACCCUAGGACCUCUCUACUCCCUAACCCUGCUUCCGUAGCCCCUGGGCCACCUGGGGCCCUUGAGGCCCCUCUCCAUGUCCCCAUCCCUAUGGGAGCAGAGCUGCAGAUGGCCCUGGCUAGGGCUGUAGGGGUGGACCAUCGCCAGGUGCUCGGGGUGCCUCCCAGGCUGGUGCUCAAGCUGCUGCUGUGGGGAUACAGAGGCCCCUGGGCUCAACACUGGCCCCUGCUGGCAGACGCUCAGCAACAUGAGAUGAGUGCCCAGGCCAUGCUGCUGACAGGGCAUCUUCCAGGUGACGACACCACAGCUCAGAGGGAGGGAGAGUAUGAACUUGUGGUCAGUGCUGAUGACCCAGACCUACUGGACAAAGUCAGGCAGGGUUCAGAGAAAGGAUUGAGGGUGUUGGUUACCCACGUGGAGCGAGCAGUCCCCAGCCCAGAGUUCCUGGAGGUGUUGAUGCGGCCGGCAGGGAGCCAUUCUCCUGGUCUGAGACGACCUGUUCAGACAGCCCAUCCAGAGUUUUGCCUGUUCCUCAGCACUCCACUACCAGUCAGACUCAUACUCAAUGAGAUCCACCCGUCUAUCCUGUCUGAGGUGUAUGUCAUUGACCUCUCUCUGAGCUCCACUGAGGUGCAGGAGCUCAUGUUGACAGAGCUGGUGCAGUCCGAGUGUCUGGAGCUGUGGGUUCAGCACUGUCUCGUCAACACCGACAAGAAGGCACUGCAGGACAAACUGUGCCAGGAAGAGGUCUCUCUAAUGGAGUACAUCCUCCAGUCCUUCACCCCUCUGCUGCAGGACCCUGAGUUCCUCCCCCGGGUGUCAGCCUGUCAGACAGCUUCCCAGAAGCUGCAGGCUGAGAUUAUGGAGCUGAGCCUGGAGCUGGAGCGCCACAAGCCCCUCCUGGCUGACUUCCACAGAGUGGCAGGGCUGGCCACAGCCCUCUACCAGGCCCUGCAGGAGGUGGCACGCCUCUCCCCCUUCUACUUGUUCCCCCUGAGGAACUUCCUGUUCGCUGUGAGGGGGACGUUAGUCCUGAAGGGCCGACCUGAUGUUACCUUUAGUGGAGAGGUAGUGACAGGGGCAGUCAUGGCAGAGAUCACACACAGGAUGGUAUCUCACCUGUUGGCCCAGUACCGGCCCUGCCUGUUCCAGAGCCAUGCAACGCUGCUGAGGCUCCUGGUGUCUGUGGCUCUGUUCCUGCACAACGAGGGCUGCUCGGAGGUGGAGCGGUUGGCAUUCCUCAGGGGCCUAGGAGAUAUGGACCUCCCAGUAGAUGCUUCCACACCAGUCUCACCUCCACCAUCUACCUCUCCAUCUCAGCAUCGUGUGCUCCCCAGCUGGGUGCCUCCUCACACCCACACAGAGGUCCUCCGGCUACACAACAUCCCAGCCUUCACAGGGCUGCUCUCAUCCCUGGCCACCUCUCCCAGCCAGUGGCAGGAGUACCUGCGCUUCCCCUCCUCCACAGUGGUGGGGCCUGUCCCCUGUCGCUCUCACUCCCACCUGUCCACUCUGCAGAGGGCUCUCCUCUGGAAGACCAUGCUGCCCCACUGCCUGGCUGCUGUGGCUGAGGACCUGGCUGCCUGUCAUCUGGGCCAGCCCGUGCGGUCAGCGGUAGCUGGGGCCCCUCACACCGGCUCCCCAGAGGCCCUCUCCCGCUUCCUGAACAAACACAAUGGGCCAGUCAUAAUCACACUCCCAGGCCCAAGCAGAGAUGGUUGGGCUAGCAUCCAACCACUUCACUGGCUGAAACAAGUGUCCCAGUACCAAACAGACAAAAGAGGGGUGAAAGUCAUAUCAUUUGGAGCUAAAUGCCAGAAGGAGGUCAUCCUCUCAGCACUGAAGAUAGCUGUUCAUGAUGGCAAUUGGCUGGUCUUUAACAACUGUCAUCUGUUAGACCAAUGGGAUGACGAAGUGGUGUGUCAACUCAAUCAGUUGAUAUCCUGUGCAGCCAAAGGGCACCAAACAGAUGUGGAGACAGAGGGCCUCAUUCCAGUUGGGCUGUGUGCAGGUAGUCGGGUCCACCCACGCUUCAGACUUUGGUUUAUCACACGAGGAUACAACCCACUCUCCAUCCCAGCGUCAAUGAGAGUGUGUGCGCUGCGUCUGGUCUGUGACUCUCCUUGGGAUGUGAAGGAGGAGCUGUGCUCUUCUCUGCGUCAGGUUGUGUCUGUCACUUCGUCUGCCCCAACCUCUGGUGUCACAGCCUGCACCAUGGAACCCAUGCUGCGCUCUGCCAUCCUGCACUCUGUCCUGCUGCAACGACAGGCAUACAAACACCUAGGCCAGGGAAACAUCUAUCACUGGACUCAGGAGGACCUGCUGGCGCUGGUGGAUGCUCAAGUCCGUAUCGCCAAAGUGUGUGGCAACCCAACUGGGGCGCUGGAGUACAUAGCAGCCAACCUGGUGUAUGGAGGCCAUGUGGCAGACCUGGCAGACCUGGCGGCAGUGGAGAGUGUGUCUAGGGCCUGUCUCAGAGCAACACCUCCUCUCUGGGGCAGUGGGCCUCACACUCUCUCCGAUAUCAUCCACAUACCUAGCCGCUGUGACUUAUCAGGCCUGCUGCAAAGUCUGGAGCAACGUGUUCAGGCUUUGGCCAACACCAGCGACCCCUUGGUGUUGGGCUUUAGUGCUGGUUUGGCAGAAGAGCUGGUGAAGGUUCACAGCCACACCCUGAACACCCUGCUUCAAGACUCCCAGAAGCCCUUUGGCAGGGUCAGGAGCACCAACAAGCUGACCCACCCUGCUCUGCUGCCAGACUUCACCCAGGCCAGGGACCGACUACUGGCCCUAAAGGAAAGUCUGGGACGCAAGGAUGACAUCAGGGUUGUGAGUGUUGGAGCUCCAUCCCUGGGACCCCUACGCUACUUCCUCCAAGCAGAGUGGGACGGACUGGUUGAUGUGGUUUCCUCCCUGCAUUCUGAGUUUAACCAGCCCAUGCGAAACAGCAAGCCUACUGUCUCCUCUCUCCUGACCGUCUCAAGCCUGUUCCGCUUAGAAAGGAGAGCGGAGCUGCUCAAGGCAUACCUAUGUGAUAAGGCCACCAAUGGUCCUUCCAAUGCGUACCGCCUGUCUGCCUUCUCCAACGCCAGGGGCUUUCUGGGCGCGUUAAUCAGGGAGGCUGCCCAUGCUAAGCAGAGGGACAUCAGCAACAUCUCUCUUCAUUUCCAAGUGCUCAGUGCUGCAACAUCCCCAGCCUCUCUUCCCCUGAGCGGUGUAUAUCUGUGUGGACUAGAACUGAGAGGGGCACUGUGGGAUACGCGGCUAGGAGCCCUGCAGGACACGCUCUCCCCCCAGCCCUGCCUGCUCCCCCUCCUCUGGGUCAGAGCACGGGUGAGGAACACAGACACUGUCCGAGCCCCAGACAGCCCCCCCUGCAACGCCUCCUCCCUGCCCCUCUACCACUGUCCCCUCUAUCUGGACGGAGAGCAUGGGGACAGUAGAUACUGGGAACUGGCUGAGAAUAACAUUAUCACUCGUGUCCCUCUAUUGGCAAAGCUAGAUCCUGUGCUAUGUACACUAAGAAGAGUGAGGCUUGUGAGUACCCUGUGAGACUAGACUGCAGAAUUCAAUGCUGCGAUUAUACUGACGCACUUAUUUCUAGACACAGACAAGGUUU